AUGGCAAGGACGGAGGAACGUCUUCGUCUGUGGCAUGCUCGUGUAUUUGAUGUACACAAUAGGCUUCACAUUGGCUUUGGAAUAGCUUAUGUAGGCUACAUAGCAACUGACGUCGAUGCUGAUCCCGUCAAGGAUUGCAACUCUGAGCUCCCCACGGGCAAAAUAGGCAACCGACGUCACAACCGACGAUUAACCACGAGCGAAGUCUACUGGCAGGAGGUGCCAUCCAAUGCCUGCUAUAGAGCUUCGCCUGGAGAUGAUGCGAUCCCUUCCCGCUUUCCUCUUCUCAUGGCGAGAAUCCGGUUUUACUCGGUGAUCGUGCGAGUUUUCCAGUUCGACCAAGGAAGCGCUACGGAACUUGAUGCUACUGACUCAUUCUUGACACGGCGAUUACGCGGCAGAUACGCCGGGAUUAAUGAAGGGUACCCGGGACGCAGCAAAGUCGUCUUCAUGUGGAGCAAAAUGCAAGCGAUCAUUCGAUGCGCAGUUUCGUGGCACUCGAACGGCACAGUCCUGCUCGACCUCGUGGACCGCAGCUUCAGUCCGUUGUACCGCUAA